AUGCCAAUGCCUAUAGUCUAUUUCGUUCUGCUGUGUGCAUGGAUACUAGAGGUACACAACGUAAAUUGCCAACAACUUAAUCCAACCCCACAAGCAACAGUAACAGCGAAUGUACAACUUUGCCCUUUCAUGUUGCUGACACCGAGUUUAUCGGAAACGUAUUAUGGGAAGAGAGUUGUGUUUACAGCUUUUGUAGAAGCAAAAUUAGAUCCUCCACUGGAGGCUGGAUGGCAAAGCAUCACAAGUAGUCAAAUUGAAGAUAUUGAUAGAUAUAAUGUAAAAUAUAUCGAUACGCAACUUUUACCUUCUCCAAAACUUGUCAUCAAUAACGUCACCAUUGAUGACGUAGGAGAAUAUCAGCUUCAAAUCAGGAUUUCCGGAGGCUGGUGUACAAGUAGAAGAGUUGAGUUAAGGAAAGUCUGGGGAAUUUUACAGUAUAAUGAAACAUGUAAUUUCGUAUGGGAAUGUGAUGAAAGAAGAAAGAAGUUGCAAUGUUCGAACGGGGCAUGUCUUUGUCAGUCUUCCUAUUAUCACAAGAAUCAGCAGUGCUUUAAUAACUCCUACCUCAGAGCCGUCUUUGUGGACUGGAACAUUACAACCUCUGAGAUAACUGUACAGUGGAGAGAUCCAGACAAACACUCUGACCUGAUACAGUCCUACAGUGUCACUGUUAAAGAGAGUGGCGGAUCUACCAGAGUCAACAUCUCUAUUGGGAGAAACACCAGUUAUACCUCUGAACUCAACUUUGACCCUGGACAUUUGUACUAUUUUGAAAUCACAUCUGUUGUACAGCUAAGCGACCCACUGGAAACAAUACAUGUGGAAACAAAAACAGAAGUAGUCGUUGAACCAUUCCCUCCUGGUCCUAUCGAUAAAAACGCAAGUAACUUCCAUCCUGAGAAUCUUCACCUAAAGUGGACUGCUCCAGGAAACAGAACAUAUGUCGAUCGAUACAGUAUAAUAGUUGAUGGUCACACCUACAGAUCGUCUUCAGAUGAAAAGUCCAUUUCACGAAGAUUGAAACCUGGUAGAAAUUAUACGGUUACAAUGGUUGCAAAGAGUUGGUUUUCACAUCCCUUUGGCAGAACAAGCAAGCCAUAUGUGGAGGAAAUAACGACAUUGCGUACUCCUGAAGUAAUUAUAACUGGGGGCAGUUCAAUUGCGGUCCCAUAUCUAUCAACUCUGGAGAUUCAAGCUGUUGUACACAAUUAUUCCGACUUUCCGCUGACGUUAGAGACAAGAUGGCAAAAAUAUGGCGUAGACAUCAACAUAACAGAUAUGAGAUAUAACGACAGUUCUCUCGAUCUGUUCAAUCCGAAGUUGGUCAUCAAUAGAGUGGAUUUUGAGCAUGAACAUGAAGCAUGGUAUCGAUGCACUGCACGGAACUCAGCCGGAUGGGGAACAAGCACAUAUGACAAAUAUGUGUAUGUUGAAGGAAGUCUUAACUUUCUUGAGCCUUGUAACAAGUCCAUAGAAUGUCUACCAAGGAGAGAUUUUAUCUGCAGCAGCAGCGGGAAGUGUUUAUGUAAUUCUUCUUAUUAUCAUAAGAACGAAAACUGCUACCACAGAAGGUAUCUACGAGCACAAUCAAUUCGUAUUCAGAGUUCCACAUGUGACAUAACGGCUACAUGGGACCCUCCCCCAAAGGACCAAGAUCUUGUGGUAGGGUACCAAAUCGUUUUAUCGAAGUACCAAGUCGUUCCCUCAGAGUACCAAGUCAUUUCAUCAGAAACAUGUUCAGUUGGAAAUCAAAUCAAAUGCAGGACACCAUGUAAACUGCAACCUGGGCUGCGAUAUACAAUUUCCAUCCGCUCUAAAAUUCAAUUAAGCGAUCCCAAAGAAGAAAUGGAUGUGGAUUCGGAUUACCACUAUACAAUUCUAGAGCCACUAAGACCUGGUCCAAUAUUACGAAGUUUGAGUAAUUUUUCCGCUGACAAUAUGUAUUUGAGGUGGGAGGCAUCUGGACAGAAUAGCUUCGUUAAUCGCUACAGAGUCACGAUAGGGGGUCGUAGUCAGCAAACAAUAGCCAGUGUUCCGGAGAUCUACUGGGAGGAACUUCUGCUGCCCGUCACUCUGUAUAACGUCACCAUUACAGCUAUCAGUUACGGAUAUAUAACUAACUAUCCUUCUUACGGAACAAGGGAGAGUCUUUCGUCUACAUACUGGAUAGAAACAACGGAAAAUCACUACACUGGGAAGGCAUGCAUGUCUUAUGGAGAUGAGGAUUACGUCUUACAAGGAGAUGACGUCACGAGUGGUCCCCUUAAAUCCCCCACAACAGUUUACGUUGGAGAUGGAUCUGAUGGAGGGUUCAAUUCGGUUGUUAUUGGUUCUAAUGGAGUUAUAGGACUUGGCCAUUUUGACGAAACGUUCAAAAGCACAACAGUCUAUGAAAUGGAUUCUUCUGAAAUGAAAGACAAACGGAUUAUUUGUCCUUUUUGGACAGAUCUGUCAUCAGCCGAUACAGCUGGGAAAGUGUACUAUAACACAUAUAGAAGAGGAAAAGAAGGAGAUAAUGUAGACUCGAUGUUCAUGGAGAAAGCGGACAGUAUUGUCAAGAACCAUUUCAGGGAUCUGAGAGAUUUCAAAGCCACAUGGCUCGUGAAAGUUACGUGGGAAAACAUGACUCUGUUUGGGAACAAAGAACAGAGAGUGACAUUCCAGUGUUUCCUCAUCACGGAUGGCGAUAAUACCUUUACAGUCAUUAACUACAUAGAUGUCGAUUUAAUACCAAUACGCAAUCGUAACAUUUCCAUAGGAUAUCGUUACAAACAAUUUGUCACUAAGAACUCCUUCACGAACCAGAAAGGAGCAUUCAAAAUGAGUGUAGUCCCAGGAAACAGAGGAGAACAAGGUUUCUGGAUUUACAAAAUGACAGAAGGAGUACAAUUGAAGAGAGAUGAAAAGGAAUGUUUCCUAUGGUACUCUUAUAACGUAGAAAAUCGUAUACAUGAUACACUGUCACCCGUCUUAGAUGACAUUGAAUGUCCUUGUGACCAUCGUCUGCUGCGAUUUGAUCCACGUUACACCAUCAACAGAUUUGACCGUGUGCAUAGAGUGUUGUGUUAUGCUUCAAUGACCCUAGGCACAAACGUGGAAUGUUGCUUCAAAAUGUUAGCCAAUACGGAAGAUUUAGGCCCUUUACAGCGUUCUCUACCGCUAGCCGGGACAGUGUUGCAGUAUAACCCGUUCUUUGAUAGAUGUCAAUACAAUAACAACGAUUCAAAGCCCAGGGACCAAUGUUGUGGUACAGGUCAUUGUGACUUGUAUUACAAAGUCCGUCCAAUUCCACGUUGUUAUCAGAGGUCGCCUUUCCAACCUGGAAUUACUUUUGGAGAUCCUCAUAUCACUACACUUGAUGGUCUGGACUUCACAUUUAAUGGAUACGGGGAAUACACCAUGAUCAGGAUAAAUACCAGUACAACAGCCUUUGAACUCCAGGCUCGGACAGAGUUGGCUACCACAAAAAAUGGAACUACAAUUAAUGCUACCAUAUUUAGUGCCUUUGUGGCGAAAGACCAAACGGGGUCCAAAGUACAGGUCGAGAUGUCACGAAACAAAACGGGAAUGAUAAUUCGAGUUAAUGGAGUGGAUCUGACAACUAAAUUUAAGAAUGACAGCUAUACAUUCCGAACACCAAAUGUGUCAUUGCAGUGGGAAAAUCACACAAUAUCAGCAACAUUUCUUAAACCUUAUAUUAACAUGAAAAUCACUCUUGGAAAACGAUCCCUAAUUUGCGAGACACUGGUCAAUGCAAAAUAUAAGGGUCUAGUGUUAGGUUUGAUGGGAAACUUUGAUGGAAACAAAACGAACGACUUCAUUCUCUCAAAUGGCACCGUGUUAACAGAAAAUGCAACUAAAACCGAGAGGGGCAUCUAUUACAAUUUCGGACAGUUUUGGUCUGUCAGUGAAAAGUCUACUUUAUUCCACUAUGAUGACGGAUUAACAUACAAUGAUUUUUCACAUCCUGAAUUUGUGCCACUAUUUACUGACGAAGUGGACGAAAAUCGCAUCAACGAAGCAAAAGGGAAAUGUGGAUCCAACCCGUCAAAAGCUUGUAUAUCAGAUUAUCUUGCAACGGGGGAUAUUGAAUUGGCAAUGUCUUCUGGAAACGCUGAGUGGAACUCAAAAUUAGAUACAUCGAUUAUUGAAAAUGAAAGUCCUGAGAUAUCCGGGAAUACCACAGUAUAUGUUGUUGUCAACAAGGAAGUGGAAAUGAGGUUCAAUGUUUCUGAUGAUGGAGAAACACAUCCAGCAUACAUAAUUUUAAAACAACCAGAUAAUUUUCUGCUUGACGAUGAAACAGGAGUAGCCAGAUGGACACCUCAAAACGCUAGUGUUUCUGAAAUCAGUAUUAUUGCUGUUGACAGCCAAGGUGCACAGUCCCCCUCCCUCGAUGUUUCCGUCAUAUUGUGUACUGGUUGUAGUGACCGCGGGGAUUGCGAUUACGUCAAUGUUAUCCCUUCUGAUAAUGACCGAUUUCACACGGCAGCCUGCAGCUGUAACAUUGGAUAUUCUGGAGAUAAUUGUGAGAAUGAGACAGACGCCUGUCUACAGAGCCCCUGUCCUCUGGGUAGGGAUUGUACUGACCUGUCCCCCGAGGAAGAGGCCAGACUGGGACGAGGAUACAACUGCUCAGAAUGUCCCACUGGGUAUAAAGAUGUCAACAAUAAAUGUGAAGAUAUUAAUGAGUGUAUAUCGGCUGAAAGUAACUGUAAUGUUACCAAAGAAACGUGUGAAAACACAGACGGCAGUUACAUCUGCAACUGUUUAAAAGGAUACAGAAAGUCGGAUGACACUUGUAAUGAUAUAAACGAGUGCAUGGAGGGAACGUCUGGGUGUCAACAACUUUGUAGUAACACCCCGGGAUCAUUUAGGUGCGUGUGUUACCCAGGAUUCAGUCUGAAUGAGGAUCAAUCUACUUGCGAUAAAACAGGUGACGAUCUCUGUACAAAUUUUGAGAAGGCGUGUGAGUAUGCUUGUAGUACAAUAAACGGAACUAACCAGUGUAUAUGUCCAUCUGGGUACCAACUCACAGAUAAUGGUAUACACUGCAGAGAUAUUGAUGAAUGUGCACUGGAUACUUCACCAUGUGAUCAAGAAUGCCUCAACCUGAACGGGUCAUUCCAGUGUGCCUGCCGUCCUGGUUACAAUCUGAACGCAGAUAAAACUUCCUGUUCAAAAUGUGAACUACCAAACUACGGUGAGAAUUGCAGACAGGUGUGUGCAUGUGGUCCAGGUGUGGACAUAUGUGACCCUGUUAGUGGAUGUGUCUGUCUCCCGGGAUGGACCGGGAGAAACUGCAGUGUAGACAUUGAUGAGUGUCAGCUAAACCCAAGUAUAUGUGGUAGCAAUAAACUCUGCCAUAACACUGAAGGUUUUUACCAGUGUGAUUGUUUACAAGGAUUCAAAUUAAUCGAAGACAAGUGCGAAGAUAUCGAUGAGUGUGACGAUGCAUCAUUGAAUGACUGUCCAGUGGACACGACACAGUGCAUGAACACGUUCGGUAACUAUACCUGUGAAUGUAAAGAAGGAUAUCAGAAGGAGAACUCCGUUUGUGAAGAUAUUGAUGAAUGCAAGACUCCUAUUCACGGAUGCUCCCAGAAAUGUGAAAACGCCGAUGGUGGAUAUAGUUGUCUGUGCUUCUUCGGAUUCACACUUCAGGAUGAUCGGAAAACGUGUGAAAAGACUCGAGAUUCGUGUUCCUUGUUUCCGGAAUUAAACUGUUCCUACGGUUGUAAGCAAGUCGCACAUGCUGAUCACAGUGGGAUUUGUUUUUGUGAGACAGGAUACGAACUUGCAGCGGACAGCAAAACAUGCAUUGACAUUGACGAGUGUAAAGAUGUUAUGACCUGCUCGCAGACUUGUACAAAUACAAACGGAUCGUAUAGCUGCGACUGUUUCCUUGGUUACUCGCUACAAAAUGAUUACAGAACCUGUAAAGAGUGUAGUCAGUACUUCUACGGUGAGAACUGUGAUACACCGUGUAAAUGUGGACGGGGUGCCAGUGGUUGUCAUCAUGUGAAUGGCUGUGUCUGUAAGCCCGGAUGGACUGGUGAAACGUGUGAAGUGGAUAUCGACGAAUGUCAAAAUAAACCAUGUACUGGGGAUCACGUGAUCUGUCUGAACACCCCCGGAUCAUUCCGAUGUCAAUGUAUCACAGGAUUUCAAAACUCCACUGGUGGUGUCUGCGAAGAUAUCGACGAAUGUCAGGAUCCUCUAGCUUGCCACCAGAAAUGUACAAACUUUGACGGAAAUUACACCUGCAGCUGUAAAGAUGGAUAUGAACUUAUAAAUACGAAGGAUUGUAAAGAUGUAGAUGAAUGUAAACGUGCCCAGUGUCACCAAUGUUCCAACCGACCGGGAGGCUUCACAUGUUCAUGUUACGAAGGCUACCGACUAAACGCAACGACACAGGACAAGUGUUAUAAUAUUGAUGAGUGUGUGGAAAAUAUUCACAACUGUUCCCAACAGGCUAACUGCACUGACACUGUUGGAAGAUUUGCCUGCAGCUGUUUCAACGGAUUUGAAGGCGAUGGAUAUGUCUGUUCAGCCUGUAAAGACUUUACCUUUGGGGAACAGUGUUCUGAAAGAUGCACAUGUGUUGUCAACAACACUGAGGAAUGUGAUGUUGUUUCCGGUGAAUGUCGAUGUAAGACUGGAUGGAGGGGACCUAAUUGUUCGGAGGAUGUGGAUGAGUGUAAGGAUAACAUCACCGAGUGUGGCACUAACUUAUAUCAGACAUGUAUCAAUACACCAGGUUCCUCCCAUUGUGAAUGUCGUUAUGGCGGUCUAAACCUUUCUGAUUGUAUUUGUAAGUAUCACAUCAAUUGUACGGACGUUAAAGUGCGGACCGAAAUCAGAUUUGCCUUGAAUAUACCUAGGAAUGACUUCCUAGAAAAUAGUGAGAAGUGGCGGAAAGAGUUCGAAAACUCGCUGGCGAAUUUCUACAAGAAGUGGGUUCGCAAUUUUUCCGCGAUUUUUGCCUUAUCAAUUCGUCUUGGAAGUACCAUUAUUGAUGUAGAAAUCCAUGGAACUAAAACCGAUUCGAACGAUCUAGAACGUGACAUGGCUAUCAUCACGUGGAAAAUGCUAACGGGUGAAGAAAAACUAGUUGUUUCUGGCCAGAACCUAGAUGUACUAGAAAUAGUGACAAAAGAUGAUAAUGGAACAUUAGGGUCAGCUCUAACAAUUGCGUCCUCACCAUGUGCUUUGUUCAUAAGUCUUGGUGUUUGUAUGUCUGGAGAAAAAUGUCACUCUUCUGCAGAAGUAACAACAUGCAUAAGUGAAAAGCCUGCUAUGUCAGAAAUUUCAACCUUCACGGUCGUUCUAGGAGUGAGCAUUCCUUCAUUCAUUGUAGUCGUCGUUCUGAUUAUUUUAUGCAUACGUCACCAACAGAAGUCCAAGGGAAAGGUCAACGAUAAAGAAUUAAACACUAACAUUAAAACGAAAAUGGCAACAGACUUCAGAGAAACGGACUUAUAUGCACAACACUCUACAAAAUAUGAUGAAAGAGAAUAUCAAGAACUCCAUGGUGCUUCCAGGAAUAUUUCUGAUGUUUCCUUUGGGAAGAAAUCGCAAUAUACGAAAAUGGAUGAAGGAUGGAACGACCCAAACUAUGUGUGUAAUUCCUUCUACGAGGAUUGCCAACAAAAUAAACUACACAUCCAACAGCCUGUAAUGAACUCCAAGAUGACAAAGCAUUAUUGAUUAGACGGAAGAAGAUAAAUACUUUUAGUAUUGAACAUCACUUGACAAACAAUGACUUUUAUAUUAUAAGUAUGAUUUUGCUUUACUUUUAUAGAUGCAUAUACCAGUAUUAUUGUUCAUUUAACAUUUAAUCAAACGACGUUUUCUGUUAGCAGUAGCUUUAUUUUGCAAAUGUAAAACAGUAUAUUUUGAUACAAACCUGUUUUUCCAGUUGAACUAUGCUUUUAAAUCCUUGAUAAAGUCCUUUACGCUGUUAGAAAGAUUACAGACAUACACCAAGUUGUUAUUAUUAACUGUAUGAGGUAUAUAUAGCGAAACAAUCAGAAAAAUGGUAACAAAUCUUCCAAAGGUUGAACAUUUACGACGAAGAUAAAAGUAACAAUGUCAGUUUUCUCACCUGUGUAUAUGCUUAGUUUUGCUCAGAAAUUUAUUAUGUGUCACAGGUAUACGAUAAUAAUAGUGUUUUAAAAUGUUUAGGGUGUUUUGUGAAAGGGGUCAAUAGAUGGUUUUAUUACAUGUACAUUGUAGCAUAUAUAUCAAUAAUAGUAUAAUUUGUUUUCACUAAUUCAUCAUCAAAUUACUUAUAGUUAUCUUAAUCAACUUGUAUGUUUAUCUAUAUGACGACGCAAA